GUCGUCCUCCCCGGCCACCACUCCACUCCACUGCCCUCGCUCCUCCGGCCUCCCAUCUCCAACCCCUGGCUUGCUUAAACCCUACCCACCACCGACCCCUUCGCCCUUCGCCAUGGCGCGGCAGCCGCAUCUCUCCCCUCUCGCCGCCUUCGAGCGCGACGGCACCCUCCCUCCCUACGAGCCCACCCGAUUCUCCUCCAACCCCGCCUUGGACGAGUGCUUCAUCAAUGCAGUCUACGACGGCGACCUCCGCCAAGUCAAGAGGGCGGCGAGGGCGGUGGGCCGAGGGGCGGAGGGCCGUCGCCUCGCCGACAAGCUGGGGGCGGUCAGGGACGGCUUCGGCAACGGCUUGCUGCACUCCGCCGUCCUCGGCGGCAGCCUGCCCAUGUGCCGCUACCUAGUCGAGGACCUCCGGAUGGAUGUCGAUGACGUAGGCCUCAUGGGCGAAACACCUUUCACCGUUGCUGUUGCCAUUGGGAAUAUGGAACUGGUGCGUUACUUUCUUGAUCAAGGCGCUGAUAAAGAGAGGCUCAACGAUGAUGGGUACACCCCUCUCCAUUUGGCGACGGGAAAAGGAGUUGAAAUGGUAGAGCUCUUACUCUCCAAAGGCGCUAACCCCAAUUCACUAAAUCAUGGUGGGACAGCACUGCAUCUUGCUGCUAUUCAUGGGCAGCAUGAUAUUAUGAAGGUUUUGUUGGACCACCAUGCAGAUCAUAAGCUAGCUUUGAGUGGUACUGAUCAUACAGCUCUUGUUCUUGCUACUAUCUCGUGCUCGCUGAAAUGUGUGAAACUUCUGCUUGAGGCUGGCGCUGAUGUGGAUGGUAUUGGUAAAGAUACACCCUUAAUGAUUGCUGCCAUAGAUGGUUCAACUGACAUCCUUAAGUGCUUAGUUCUGGCUGGUGCAGAUGCUAAUGUUACUGACACUUAUGGACGCACUCCUCUAGAAAUUGUUGCACGUUCUGGUCGGCGUGAAAAUGUUGAAAUUCUAUUUCCGGUCUCUACUCGUCUUCGUAAUGUGCGUGACUGGAGUGUUGAUGGAGUCAUUCGUCAUGUAAAAUCAGUGCGCCCAGCAAAGAAAACUAUGCUUGCUAGUGCAAAAUCCAAAGCACACCAGGCGUUCAAGAGUGGGAAUUAUCUUGUUGCAGUGAGAAUUUAUGAUGAGGCAAUGAAACUCAACCCUGGUGAUGCAACCUUGCUCUCAAAUAGGAGCCUAUGCUGGCUUCGCUUCGGUUAUGGGAAGGAGGCCUUGGAGGAUGCUCAAGCUUGCAGGAGGAUGCGACCUGGCUGGGCAAAGGCCUGCUACCGUGAAGGAAGUGCUCUGAUGUUACUGAAGGACUAUGAAAAGGCAUGUGGUGCAUUUCUUGAAGGUGUUAAGUUGGAGGCUGGGAACACAGAGAUUGAAGAAGGGUUAAGGGAGGCCUUGGCAUCCUUGAAGAUAACUGGCAGUAUCACUGGAAAAGAUAUGCUGGAUCAGCGCCGGCUAGUUGAUGCCGUAAACUAGCACUACUCACAGAAGAAAGGGAGGUGCACUGUUUAUAGUGUGACGAGACAAGUAGGUUAGGUUAAUUGGUAGAUGCCCUAUGAUCAGCUGGACCCUGGAAACUACGAAGCACGUCGCCUCACUGGAAUGCUGGCUCCGCUUUGGUAAUGGGGGCAAAUUUUUUGUGUACAGAACUUUCUUUGUGGUUCCUUUGAUAGGUGACUGUAUUUUCUUUACAGCAUCUGAACUUCUGAAGUGAGCUUAUUAUCCAUUUUGGCAAAGUUUUAUGUUAA